AUGAUGAGCCAUUUUCAUGGCCACGCCACCAUUGUGAAGAAGAUGUUUUUGGCGUUUCUCGGCUUCUUUUGCCUUGGAACUCCCGCAGCAGCCAGGUGGCAGACGGGGACUCUUGAAUUCUCCGGCCGAGAAGAAUUAGCGACCUGGAGUGGAUACGGAGAAGAGAAGCUCUCCAGAGUGGCUGUUAUAUGCAAUACUAGUACGAAGAGAAGGAAGAUAGGGGCAAAAGGCACCACAGAGUAUGGAGAAUUCAUCAUUGAACUUCCUUCUCAUCUCCACGCAAUUCACAACUUGGAAAAACUAUGCCUUGUUAAAGUUUUUCAUCUGCCAAAACGUUCUGCUUGCUGGCAAGAGAAACUCGAAAAGAUAGAACUCACGUCAACAGGCGAUGGUAUACGUAGUUAUACGACGUAUGACAUGUAUUUGAUGUCUAAACUCCUGAAAGUGCGCAUUAGUGAGGCGGCAAAGUCAGAUGUAAUGAUAAAUAACCUGUAA